AUGAGGCGGAAGGAGAAGAGGCUGCUGCAGUUCGCCGGGCUGCUCAUAGCGGCUCUCCUUUUCCUCCCCAACGUCGGGCUGUGGUCCCUCUACAGGGACCGAGUGUUCGACAACUCGCCCGGCACGGCGGCCGGUCCGGGCGGCACCCUCCGGAUACAGGGGUUGAACCAGAUGAGGAAGGUUGCUCAGCUGGGACUCGACGGUGUGCGGCGAACCGACUGGCACGACUACGAAGCAAUGAGGAGAGACGCUGCUCGCUCAGGUAACGGUGAACAGGGGAAACCGUUUCCUCUGUCAGAAACUGACCAGGUCGACCAGGCUUACAGGGAGAACGGCUUCAACAUUUACAUCAGCAACCGGAUCUCCCUAAAUCGCUCCAUCCCUGACAUCCGGCAUGCAAACUGCAAACUGAAGCUGUAUGCAGAGCAGCUGCCCAACACCAGCGUCAUCAUCCCGUUCCACAACGAGGGCUGGUCGUCGCUGCUGAGGACCGUUCACAGCGUGCUCAACCGCUCGCCCCCACAGCUCAUCGCCGAGAUCAUCCUGGUCGACGACUUCAGCGACAAAGAGCACCUGAAGGUGGCACUGGAGGAGUACAUGAAGCGGAUGCCAAAGGUCCGCAUCCUGAGGACCAAGAAGAGGGAGGGGCUGAUCAGGACUCGCCUGCUGGGCGCCGCCUCGGCCAAAGGAGAGGUCAUCACCUUCCUGGACUCCCACUGCGAGGCCAACGUCAACUGGCUGCCUCCGCUGCUGGAUCGAAUCGCCCAGAACAGGAAGACCAUCGUGUGUCCGAUGAUCGACGUCAUCGACCACGACAACUUUGGCUACGACACGCAGGCGGGGGACGCCAUGCGAGGGGCGUUCGACUGGGAAAUGUACUACAAACGGAUCCCCAUCCCUCCGGAGCUGCAGAGCGACGACCCCAGCGAGUCCUUCGAGUCACCGGUGAUGGCAGGUGGACUUUUUGCUGUAGACAGGAAGUGGUUCUGGGAGCUGGGAGGAUACGACACCGGUCUGGAGAUCUGGGGAGGAGAACAGUACGAGAUCUCCUUCAAGGUGUGGAUGUGUGGUGGUCGAAUGGAGGACAUUCCUUGCUCCAGGGUAGGACACAUCUAUAGGAAGUACGUCCCCUACAAGGUCCCCGGUGGGAUCAGCUUGGCGAAGAACCUCAAACGCGUGGCAGAGGUGUGGAUGGACGAAUACGCAGAGUACGUCUACCAGCGCCGGCCCGAGUACCGCCACCUGUCCGCGGGCAACAUGACGGCCCAGAAGGACCUGAGGAACCGGCUCAACUGCAAGAGCUUCAAGUGGUUCAUGAGCAAGGUGGCCUGGGAUUUACCCAAGCACUACCCGAUGGUGGAGCCUCCUGCCGCCGCAUGGGGGGAGAUACGGAACGUGGGCAGCGGCAUGUGCAUGGAGAUCAAACACUUUGUGUCGGGGAGCCCCAUCCGCCUGGAGAGCUGCGUGAAAGGGCGGGGCGAGGUGGCCUGGAGUCACGGACAGGUGUUAACGUUUGGUUGGAGGGAGGAUAUUCGCGUGGGUGACCCCGUUCACACGAGGAAGGUCUGCUUCGACGCCGUUUCCCACAACAGCCCCGUCACCCUGUACGACUGUCACGGCAUGAAGGGCAACCAGCUGUGGCGCUACAGAGAGGAUAAGAGUCUGUAUCACCCCGUCAGCAACAGCUGCAUCGACAGCAGCCCCAGCGAGCGGCGAGUCUUCAUGAACACGUGCGACCCAUCUUCUCUCAGCCAGCAGUGGAUGUUUGAGAAAACCAACGCCACCGUGCUGGAGCGCUUCAACCGGGGCCCCAACUGA